AUGGCUGGUGAACCAGAUUUUGACGUCUCUGUCAUGAGCUCUAACUUCGAAAUGAUCACAAGCUUGCCAGUCAACGUGAAGAACCGUAUCUGUGCUCUUAAGAAGAUCCAGUUGGACAGCAUCAAGAUCGAGUCCGAGUUUUACAAGCGCGUUCACGAUCUCGAGAUUGAGUUCGAGCAGAAGUUCAGCUCUCUUUUCGAUCAGCGAAAGGCCAUCGUCAAUGGAGAUGUUGAGCCAAAGGAGGACGAUUGCAAGGCUCUUCCACUUCUUGAGGGAGUCCCAGAAGAGCAACUUCAAGAACUCGCCGCCAAGCACCCAGCUGACCCAAGUCACAAGGGAAUCAAGCAAUUCUGGCUCACCGUUCUCAAGACUCAUGACCUCAUUGCUGAGACCAUCGAGGAGCACGAUAUCCCAAUUCUCGAAUCCUUGAUUGAUAUCACCACAACUGCCAGCAAGGAUCCAGCCGGAUUCAAGAUCGAGUUCCACUUCGCCCCUAACGACUACUUCAAGAACAAGGUUCUCUCCAAGACCUACAUUCUCAACUUCGAACCAGAGGAGGGAAGCGAGCUUUCUUUCGAUGGACCACACAUUGUCAAGAUCCUCGGAGACCAAAUCGAGUGGAACGAUGGCAAGAACGUCACCAAGAAGGCCGUCAAGAAGAAGCAGAAGAAGGGAGCUAACGCCGGAAAGUUCCUCACCAAGACCGUGAAGGCUGACAGCUUCUUCAACUUCUUCGACCCACCAAAGGCCAAGGAAGACAGAAACGAGGAGGAGGAUGAUGAGCAGGCUGAGGAGUUCCUCGAGCUCGACUACGAGAUGGGACAGGCUCUCCGUGACACCGUCAUUCCACGUGCCGUUCUUUUCUUCACCGGAGAACUCCAAUCCGACGACAUGUUCGAUUUCCCAGGAGAGGACGGAGAUGACCAAUCUGACUUCUCUGAUGACGAGGAUGCUUAA